UAAAUUUAUAAUCUAGAUGACAACUGGAAACAAUAGUCACUUAGAACUAUCUUAUUAUUAACAUUUAUUCACCAUAGAAAGAGUUAAGUGACCUCUGGAUUCAUAUUUCUCAAUGUAUUAACACGUAAAUGAAUGUUGUAAAUUUACUAACUGUAUUUUCAACUUUUACAACAGACGCUUCGCUUGAAAUAUUUCUCUAUUCACUAUUAGUUCGUCGUGUAUUUGUUCUAUAUAGAAACAUGUACGAAUUCUUAUUAAAAUUUACUUUUUUAUUAUAUUGUAAUGACGUUGUUAACGCAGCUAAUAUUUUGGGUAUAUUUCCAAGUACAGGAAGAAGUCAAUUUAUUUUGGGUGAUAGAUUAAUGUUAGAGUUAACUAAAAAGGGACAUAAUGUGACAUUUAUAAGUGCUUUUAAACCAGAAGAAAAUGUAGAAAAUUAUACCACAAUAUUAGUCGAAACAAACGUUGAUACAGUUGAUUUGGUUGAUUGGAAUACUUACAACAGCUUCGAACAAUUAUCCAGCACCUUUCAAUAUUGGACGAACAUUUCUAAUCACCUCUUCUCUCAAGAAGCAAUUCACGACUUGAUACGCUCAAAUUCGACGUUUGACUUGGUCAUUUUCGAAGCGUUCGGAAACGAGGCGCUGAUGGGAUUCGCUAAACAUUUUAACGCUCCUUUGAUAGUUUUUAGUUCCUUGGGUAUGAAUAAUUGGUGUAGCGAUUUCGUUGGUAACGUAAGACUUCCGUCCAUCUCACCUUACUACGUUACCUCGAAUAUCAACGGUAUGACCUUCUUCCAGAGACUCACCAACACCAUCGUACAAAUAUACGAUACAAUUUAUAAAGAAUAUGCAUAUUAUCCACACCAACAAGAAUUGAUGAACAAAUAUUUUGGCGAUGAUUUUAAUCUACGAAACGUGAUGACGAAUGUUAGUUUUCUUUUACUAAAUUCGCACCCGUUGACGACUGAAUCUUCUUUGUUAACAAGCGCUGUUGUUGAAAUCGGGGGAUUUCACAUAACUUCCAAACCUUUACCGGAUGAUAUACAACGUUUUAUGGACGAAUCUGAUGAUGGAGUCGUGUUAUUCAGUUUGGGAUCUAAUGUAGAUUUUAAUACUCUUCCAAAACGUCUCGUUUUAGAUGUAGUGAAGGCUAUGGAACAGUUACCGCAAAGAUUUUUGUGGAAAUGUGAGAUAGAAAACUUGACUGACUUACCAAAAAAUGUAUUAGUUCGUAAAUGGUUACCGCAAUCUGAUAUUCUCGCUCAUCCGAAGACUGUUGCAUUUAUAUCUCACUGCGGAUUGUUGAGUACAACCGAAGCAAUCCAUUACGGUAUUCCAAUAGUAGCUAUCCCUCUAUUUGGGGAUCAACCCAUGAAUACUAAGAGACUUAUUGAAAAAGGCGUUGCCGUACAUCUUGAUCUUAACCAAAUUAACGAAAAGACUUUUCAUUCAGCUGUACUUGAAAUUGUUUAUAAUUCCAGGUAUAAAGAGAAUGCAAAACAAUUAUCCAAGAUGUUUAGAGAGAGACCUGUAGAUCCUUUAGAUUUAGCAUUACACACAAUCGAAUACACCAUAAAGUACAAACCGGCACAUUAUUACAGAAGCCCCGCUUUAGAUUUAUACUGGUUCCAAGUAUAUUUAUUAGAUAUUUUCAUGUUUGUUAUUCUAGUGUAUAAGAUAUUGAAGAAAAUUAUAAAAAGAGAUACUAGAAAUAAAAAAAUGAAGAUACCUUAUAGCAGGAAAUUAAAAGCGGCUAGUUUUUUCCAAGUAAAAAGGUAUGCUCACCAAUUACCGGAGAGGUUAAAAGACAUGGAUAAGAACCCAAAUCCGAAGUUUUUCGACAUGGUAGAAUAUUUUUUCCAUAAAGCUGCAAUGAUAGUUGAAGAUAAAUUAGUAGAGGAUCUCCUUAAGAAAAAAGGAAAUAAAAUGACGGAAGAACAAGGACAAAAUAGAGUGACUGGUAUAUUACAAUAUAUGCAGAAUUGUGACGGUGUUUUAGAAUUAGCAUUACCAAUUAAAAGAGAUAACGGAAAGUACGAGAUUAUUGAAGCUUAUAGAGCUCAUCACAGCGCUCAUAGAACACCAUGUAAAGGCGGUAUACGUUUCUCCACAGACGUUUGUAGAGAUGAAGUUAAAGCAUUAGCGGCUUUAAUGACGUUUAAAUGCGCGUGCGUCGAUGUACCAUUCGGUGGUAGCAAAGGAGGUGUAAAAAUAGAUCCUAAACAAUAUUCUCCUAACGAAUUAGAAAAAGUUAUGAGAAAAUUCACAUUAGAAUGCACCAAAAAGGGUUUUAUCGGUCCUUGUACGGACGUACCAGCGCCUGAUAUGGGUACAGGAGAAAGAGAAAUGUCUUGGUUAGCCGAUACUUACGCAAAAACCAUAGGAUACAUGGAUAUAAAUCAUCACGCUAUUACGACUGGAAAACCGAUCAAUCAAGGCGGUAUCCACGGUAGAAUAUCCGCUACAGGUCGCGGUAUUUAUCACGGUAUUCACGAAUUUAUAAACGACGAAAGUCUCAUGAAAACAAUCGGUUUAGAACCAGGCAUAAAAGAUAAAAGGAUAAUAAUACAAGGUUUAGGAAAUGUAGGAUUACAUAGUAUGAGAUACGUAGUUAGGGCCGGUGGUAAGGUGAUUGGGAUACAAGAAAUCGACGGAUCGAUUUAUAACGAACAAGGUAUAGAUCCCAAACAACUCGAAGAUCACAAAAUAGCUAACGGUACGAUAAACGGGUUCCCUGGGGCGGAAAAAUUCGACGGGGAUCUGUUAAGUCAUGAAUGCGAUAUUUUAAUACCAGCCGCAAUGGAAAAAGUGAUCACAGCUGAAAACGCCGGUAAUAUAAAAGCGAAACUUAUAGCCGAAGGCGCCAACGGUCCUAUCACUCCAGCCGCCGAUGAAAUAUUACUAAAAAACAAUAUUCUAGUAAUACCUGAUCUGUAUUGUAACGCUGGAGGUGUUACAGUCUCGUACUUCGAAUGGUUGAAAAAUAUCAAUCACGUCUCUUACGGCCGGUUGACCUUCAAAUAUGAAAGAGACUCCAACUAUCAUCUACUCCAAUCCGUUCAAGAAUCUUUACAGAGAAAAUUCUGCGAUGCUGGAGACAUUCCCAUCGUACCGUCGAAGGCUUUCCAAGAACGCAUAGCGGGCGCUUCGGAAAAAGAUAUUGUACAUUCCGGAUUGUCGUUUACAAUGGAACGAUCAGCUAAAGCUAUAAAGGAGAGCGCUCAGAAACAUAACUUGGGGAUAAAUAUAAGAGCGGCUGCUUAUAGACUGAAUUUACCUAAUUUGGAAAAAAAACUUAAUGGUUUAAAAGAGCAACUUUUGUUAGGUAAAGGUUAUACUGAAGAGCAAAUUAAUAACUUCAAGCGCACUUUUGCAUAUUUUAAAACCCAAGUGAAACAAAGGUGGUUGAAAUCCCACAAAAAGGAGGAUGUUUUUAUCAAGUACAACCGGACGUGGCUAGAAGGAACCAUUCAAAUUCCUGUAGCUGGGCAAAGCCGACCAGGCCGACCGCUCAAGUCAUUUGGAGAAUCUAGUGAGCGCACCGAAAGAAGAAAAACCGAGGAGAUUCGGUCGACAUUAGAUAAGGAAGUUAUUGUUCAUGCUGCUCAGACUGAAUUGAGAAAAUCUGGACAGAGAGACGCUUCAGAAAUAUUAAAGCAAAUUACCUGCACUACUCCAAAACGUGCAACUAAGUACAAAAAAGCAUUUUGUGACUCUAAAACUAAAGAGGUAGAGUCACUUACUGUAACAAAGGCUUUAGCUAUGUUUGUUGAUGCAAACUUAACUCGUCGACAAUACGAAAGCAUUAGAGUCACCAACAAAAAGUUUUUUCCAUGUUAUUCCCUUUUACAAAAGGAAAAACAGAUGUGUUAUCCACCUUCGGAAGAAAUUAGAGUAACAGCUACAUGUGUCGAGUCAUAUAAAUUGCCAGUAAAAAAGUACCGCGAAAGAAAAUCUAAAGCUGAAAAAUGUCUAGAAAAGGAAAAGAAACUAGAAAUCCAAGCUAGAUUUCGCAGGGAAACAGGGUUACUGGUUGAUAUGCCAAAAUCAAAUUUUGGCAACACAAAUGAUGGCAGCACGAGCAGAAAAUUUUUUGAUGACCCAAAGCUAGCCUCUGAAAUAACUGGAAUUAGUUAUGAUCUGAUCUAUAGGUUAAAAGUUAUUUUAGAGACUAUUUCAAGAUCGAAAAUUUUGAUGGUAUUUUCUCUGCCGUCUAGAAGUCAUUACAUACUAGGUAGAUCUUUGGCUACCGGAUUAAGGCAAGCUGGACAUGAUAUUACGAUGAUUACCAAAUUCACAGAAAAACCGCCUGAGGGUAGUGGUAGCUUUAGAUACAUUACUAUACCUGAUUGUCAAUUGGGUGAUUCCUCUGAAGCAUCGACUGACAUCAACUUCUUCGAGUUUACAGAAGCUAAUCCUGUGCUCAAUAUCCCGUUUAUGAAUAUGUUUGGUGCCGCAUGUACACGUAACGUUUUCGAAAACAAAGAUGUACAAAAACUUCUAAACUCUAACGAAACUUUCGAUGUAGUUAUAGCAGAAAUGUUAAUGACAGACUCCCUCAUAACUUUAGGAUGUCAUUUUAAAGCACCAGUUAUACUUUUAAGUCCUUUAAGUCCUCCUGCUUGGGUAAAUAACGUCGUUGGAAAUCCUUCACCUCCGUCUUACGUUCCCAAUCCCUUCGUUAGUUACGGCGAGAAAAUGACCUUUUGGGAGAGAAGUUCCAAUGCUAUGAUGGAAUUGUUGCAAAAAUUGGAUUUGGAAUUUUGGUUUUAUGGGGUACAAAAUAAGCUCGUACAAGAAUAUUUUCCGCAGUGCGGUAAUAUGCACGAUAUUCAUAAAAACGUAGCCUUGGUGUUGUCUAACACGCACGAGAGUGUUAACAUACCAAGUCCUCGAGUUCCAGCUAUUGUCGAUAUUGGAGGUUUCCAUAUUUUCCCUGGAAAAAAACUACCAGCCGAUUUACAAAAAUUGUUAGAUGGUGCCAAAAAUGGUGUUAUUUAUAUUAGUAUGGGAUCCUAUGUGAAACCUUCGUUAAUGAGACCAGAAAUGAAAAAGGCAAUGUUAAAUGUGAUUGGAUCUCUAAAGCAAACAGUUAUUUGGAGAUGGGAUGAAGAUGAAUUACCAGGAAAACCAGACAAUUUGAUUAUUGGAAAAUGGUUUCCACAACAAGAACUUUUAGCUCAUCCCAAUUUAAAACUCUUCAUCACUCAUGCUGGUUUAUUGAGUAUAACUGAAACUGUCUACAUAGGUGUUCCUAUAUUAGCAAUACCUGUACUGGCAGAUCAAAUAAUGAAUGCAGUAAAGGCAGAAUCGUUUGGUAUCGGUAAACACUUGCCACAUUCUGAAUUAACUGAAGAAAACUUCAGGAAAACCAUUACAGAAUUACUCAACAAUCCAAAAUAUGCAGAAAACGUGAAACACAGAUCCGUUCUGAUAAAAGACAGACCAAUCAAACCCCUAGACUUAGCAGUUUACUGGGUUGAAUUCGUCAUUCGACACAAAGGAGCUCCCCAUUUGAAGGUGUACGGAAGUAACUUACCUUGGUAUCAGUAUUUCCUAUUGGAUGUCAUCAUUGUAUGGGGUUUAGUAUUUUUAAUAUCGAUUUAUCUAAUAGGUAAGGUCUUUAAGACCAUUUGCUGCUCGUCCAAGGGUGAAAAGGUUAAAAAAUCAUAGGAUAUGUAUUUUUUAAAUUGUUUUAUUACAAUAAAUGUCGCGUUAUCUGGAA